AUGGGUAACAUAGGAAGGAUAUUCUGCGUGGCUCUGCCAUUCAUCCUGACAGUGGCCAGCUUGAUCGCCAUGCUGGUCGCCGGUCUCUCAGGAGUUACCGACAAGAGCAUGUACUUGUUCAAGGUCAACACCACCGACCUGUCCAUCAGCUCGUCCUCUAUCACCAGCUUGUUAAGCGACAGGGGCCUCCACCAGCGUGAUCUCUCCGACUCGAUCAUUGCUGCCACCGGCGGUGCUUCUGGCGAUUCCUCCGACCUCAUCUCGAGUGCCACCUCCGCCGCCGACGCCGCUGGCGUCACUUCCGCUGCCGAUGCUGAGUCCGCAAUCUCUGGCAUUGUCAGCGGCACCAACAUUACAGCUUCUGACCUCGGCCUGGCUGACGCCUACCUCGUCAGUCUCUGGGGUUACUGCGAGAUCUCUGCGUCCGGCGACAAGACAUGCGAGAAGGCACAGUUUGACUGGGCCUCCAACGCCACCUCCAACUUCCAGGCCAAGCUGGACUCCGUGGCCGGAUCUUCUGGCGAGAAUGUCACCAUCCCUGACAGCGUCAAGACAGCCAUGAACACCUUCAGCACCGUCACCAAGUGGACCGAGGUCGUCUUCAUCAUCGCCUACAUCGCCCUCGGCGUCUCCCUGUUCCUGGGUAUUUUCGCCAACUGCUCGCGUGCCUUCUCGUGCUGCACCUUCAUAAUCGCCGCCCUCGCUGCCGUCGCAGUCUGUGCCGCUGCUGCCCUGGCCACCGCCAUGGCUUCCGUCGUGGUUGGUGCCGUUGAGGGCACCGCCAAGGUGUACGGCGUCACCGGGUCCAUCAACACCAGGUUCCUGGCCGCCGUGUGGAUCGGAGCCGCCUUCGCCAUCGCGGCCGCCUUCUUCUGGAUGUUCACCAUCUGCUGCUGUGCCCCCGACCACAAUUCGUCCCGUGGCAAGUCUGGCGGUUUCGGCCGCAAGAAGCACCUCGACGACGCCGAGAAGCUCCCCAUGUCUGGUGCCUACGCGCCUCUGAGCGAGCCCCACCAGAACGCCUACGGACAUGGCCACGACUCUACCUAUGGCAACACUGCCUACGGUGGUGGCUUCGGCCAGGGCGCCGCCUACGGCAACCCACGGACGGGUCGCAACGAUAUGGCCUACGAGCCCUACCAGCACCGCUCCUAA